AUGCAAUUGCUAGAUGCAGCCUCUGGGAGAUCAUUAUGCAACAAGCAACCAAUAGCGGCAUAUACUUUGAUCGAAGAGAUGGAAAGUAAUGUCUACCAAUGGAGUUUCGAGGGAAGCAAACCAGUUAAGGCACUCGGGAUUUUGCAAGACGAUGUUGUCACCACAUUGGCGGCACAAGUUGAAGCCAUCAUGAAGUGGUUUGAUCCAAUGCAAUCGAUCUCCUCAGAUAGGCUUCCAGGGUCACUUCCUAGUAACACUAAGAUCAACCUAAAGGAAUCCCUUACGGGCGUUUCAUUGAGAAGCGGUAAGCAGCUCCUAAAUUCUGUUGAAAAUGAACCCAAAAAAGAAAUUAAGCCAUCCAACAUCAUUGACCUUGAGGCCCAGAUUGGUGAAAAGGAGAAGACAAUGGAGCAAGUUAAGGAGAAGAGUGCACCACCCGUGUUUCAACCUAAACUUCCCUACCCUAUGCCAAGAUAUGCUAAAUUUUUGAAGGAGUUGCUCAUGAACAAGAGAAAACUGGAAGACGUGUCAUUGGUAACACUCAGUGGGGAGUGUUCAGCAUUGAUCACCAACUCUCUACCCAAGAAGGAAAAGGACCCGGGGGGAUUCAUCAUUCCUUGCACAAUUGGUUGGUUGAUUGAUGAAAAGGCACUAGCUGAUUUGGGGGCAAGCAUAAAUCUCAUGCCCUACAAAAUAUUUCCAAAGCUUGGACUUGGGGAGUCGAAGCCCACCCCGAUGACACUGCAAGUGGCCAAUAGGUCCAUCAGACAACCCUGA